CUCCUGGGCAGCAGAGCUUGUGCCCACAUGGCAGCAGCUGCCUGGGCCAGUGCCUUUCUCAAUGCUCUGCUGCAUACAGCCAAUACAUUUUCCCUGCCCCUGUGCCAUGGUAAUGCCUUGGGCCAGUUCUUCUGUGAAAUCCCACAGAUCCUCAAGCUCUCCUGCUCACAGUCCAACUUCAGGGAACUUGGGCUAAUUGCUGUUAGUGUGUGUUUAGUAUUUGGCUGUUUUGUGUUCAUUGUUUUCUCCUAUGUGCAGAUCUUCAGGGCUGUGCUGAGGAUCCCCUCUGAGCAGGGACGGCACAAAGCCUUUUCCACCUGCCUCCCUCACCUGGCUGUGGUCACCCUGUUCAUCAGCACUUCAUUUUUUACAUACCUGAAGCCCCCCUCCAUGUCCUCCCCAUCCCUGGAUCUGGCCCUGUCAGUUCUGUACUCGGUGGUGCCUCCAGCCCUGAACCCCCUCAUCUACAGCCUGAGGAACCAGGAGCUCAAGGCUGCAGUGUGGAGACUGAUGAUGGGAUUGUAUCACAAACAAUAACCUUCUGGCCAA